AGGAUGAGGGUGCUGCGAAGGGGAGCUGUCCGUACGGAAGCGUGUGACUGGCUCCUGUUACUGUCUAUAUAUAACCGUGGCAUGCUAUAAUGUGAAAGCCACAUUUGCAGGGUAGUUCUGCGUAGGUUCUGCGGGAAGAACAGCUCAAGUUUAAUGAAAGAGAGUCCCAAAAUACUGAAGUUCGCAGGCAAGGAACAAUCACAACAAGCACCUGCGCAAAUUGGAAUUUACCACGGGAAUCCGGACAGCCACGCCCUCACGGAGGGUUCAGAAAUUCAGGCAAGGGUGUACAUCUAUAUCAACAAACAAGAUGUAGAAGUUUUCACCUGCACUGGGUGUGGGUCUUUUUAAAUCGCAUGGAUCUUAAUUGCCCAUUCCAGACCAAGCCAUCCUAAACACACCAAGGCACAAAAGAUUGCAGCUUUUGAAAAAGGAAGGAAGGGAAGAUCCCAAGGUAGAGCCCGCCCCGCUAAGCGAACUCGGAGCAGCCCCGGGAAUUUAUGACAAAGCAGUCCCUUUCCAGGGGCGCAGCCGUGGUCUUCAAGGCUUUUGUCCUCCUUCGCUUGCCGUUUCCCAUGACGGGCGACGACCAAUCACAAGGGCGCGUUUGAAAGCCGGCGGAGAGCGGUGCUUGCGGCGGGAGCGGGGUUUCCUCCUCGAAGCAUGGAGGACGUGUCGGCCAAGUAUGUGUCCCAGAAAGUCAGCAAAACUCGCUGGCGGCCCGUGCCUGCUGCCGCCUUGCAGCCUCCGGAGGUCUUUGCUACUGGCUCGUGGGACAACGAGGAAAAUAAGAUUUCUGUUUGGUCUGUUGGAGAUUUCGAAGGCUUGGAUCCAAAUGGAGAGUAUCAUGGAGAACCACGUCUGCUAUGUGAUAUCCAGCACAGUGGUGAUGUUAUGGAUAUGCAGUUUUUGGAUCAGGAGAGAAUUGUGACUGCUUCAUCCACUGGAAGUGUGAACAUAUUCCGACAUCAUCAAAAUAAUCAGAGUCUUUCCAUAAGCCAGAAAUGGGAAAAUGCACAUUACUAUGUUCCACACUGUAGAAGUGCAUGCACAGGGGUCAUCUGCAAUAGUCCUGAAAUUUUUACUGUUGGCGAAGAUGGCAGGAUAAAUAUGUUCACAGCUGACCGUAAGGAUGCUGUACGUACCGUAGAUAACGCUGAUAGCAGUACACUCCAUGCAGUGACUCGACUUCGCACAACAGAGAUCUUGACUGUCAAUUCCAUUGGUCAGCUAAAAAUAUGGGAUUUCAGACAGCAGGGAAAUGAACCUUCACAAAUAUUUUCAUUGACAGGCGAAAGAGUACCAUUACACUGUGUUGAUAGGCAUCCCAAUCAACAGCACAUCGUAGCCACGGGUAGCCAAGACGGGAUGUUGAGCAUUUGGGAUGUGAGACAAGGCAGCAUGCCAGUUUCCUUGCUAAAUGCUCAUGAAGCAGAAUUGUGGGAAGUGCACUUUCAUCCUUCCAAUCCUGAUCAUCUGUUCACUUGUUCUGAGGAUGGAUCUCUGUGGCACUGGGAUGCUUCCACUGAUGUAUCUGAAAGAAAAUCUUUUCUUCACACAGGUGGGAGAAACACAACUUAUCUGCCUCACACUGCAGCUAGUGAGUCAGUAAUAAGUGCAUGGCUAAGCAAUGAUCCUACUAAAGACCGUAUGGAGAUUACAAACUUAAUUUCAAAUCCAACAUUAUCUGUUAAUAGUUUAGAUAUUUUAGGGUCAUGUCUGGUUUAUGGUACAGAUGCAGAAUCUAUUUAUGUUAAGAAAAACCUCUUUGCAUGAUUUUAUUUCUCUAGAGCAGGUCCUGCACUAAAUAAGUUAAUUUUACCAAAAUUGAUCCAGUAGUAUUUAGAAGAAUCGGCUUCUAAAUACUAAAAUUUGUACCAAUUUUGUAGAGCUGUGAUUAAACUACAGUUAUAAUGACAGACAGAUGGAAUACAACUCAUAACAGUUCUUUAAGCAUGUAAUUCUUACAUAAAGUAAACAAACUUGCAUUUCUUUAUUGUUCAUAA